UCAACCUUAUGAGCUCAUCUUCAUAGAACCAACCACGUAGUUUCUUAGUUGGUCUCUUCGAAAUAGAACUCACACAACACGUACCCUCAAAACGCGCUACACGCCAAUUACACUACAAAAAACAACAACAACAAUACCAGAUAUCAUUAAGAAUGGGAGAAGUUGAAGCAGAAGCACCUUCUUCUUUCUCUUGGCGUAAGAUGAAGAUUAUGGAAUAUUAUGAUGUUCAGAAUAUUAAUGAGUGUGAUGUGGAUGCGGCACAGAAGCUUAUGGAACUGAGCGAUGAAGAGAAGAGCAACAGAAACAACACCGUUAGAGACUCCAGCAGCAGUAGUAGGAGCAAGAGGUUUAGAAGAUCAAGUGAUGAAAAGCAUGAUAUUGUAAUGGCGAAGAUACAAGAGAUAUUUGGAAAAGAUGUUGAAGUUUUUCCUAUGGUUAAGAAGCAAAGGAGAUAUCGUUCACUUGUCAAUAUUUAUAUGUCUACAACACCUGUUAGUGAUACAAGGGUGAGUGCGUAACAAGAAUGUAGCUAGUUUUUUUAAUAAUUGUAAAAUGUGGCAGUUUGAUUUCCACACAAAAACAAAAGGGUUAGUGUUAGUCCUAGGUAUAUAUUUGUGUUUUCUCAUGAAAAAUUUGGAAGUUAUUGGAUAUUGCACGUAAUUGAUUUGAUUUUCAAGUCUCAGAACAAUCAAUCUUGUAUAUCAUUUUAUUACUUGAAGCAAUCUGGUAAAUUUGUCUUCAUCCCGUCAAGUUUUUUCAUCGUUGUUGGGAUUCAAAUUUCAGUAUUGACAAGCCAGUUGUGUUAUUGUUAAGUGAAAAUCUAUAAUUCAAGUGUUCUAAUUGGUUUUAAGCGGGUGUAAUUGGUUAUAGUUACGAAGAAAAAUCAAAUAAGUUUGAAAAAAAUAAUUUUAUCGUGGGUGUAAUGGAUUACACAUUCGCAGUAACCGAUUAUCACUGUUAUAUUUUUUAAUUGCUAAAAUAGUUGUACCCGAUUACAGGUUUUGUGUAAUUGAUUUUAGGUAUGCAAUUUUUUUCAGUUGUUGUUUGUGUCUCAAUUGAGUUGAAUUUGUAUGUAUAUAUAUUGGAGGUAUUAUGAAUGAAAGUUAAUGCAUAUUUUCUUAGCCACAAUUAUACUCUCUCUAACAUCUCUAUCUCUCUAACCCUCUCCCUCUCCACACUCAACUCCAUUUUCACCAACUUUGUGAUUCUAAGUUCUAACAUUUGGCAUCAAGAGGCGGGUUCGAUCCACUAAACACCUAGUGUAUAACAUGAAUUAUGUCUCCAUUGAAAGAAACUCUAUUAACCUACUCAUCCUUGAUACGAAGACUUACGACAAAUGGUUCAAGCAAAUGAAGGUGUUGUUUGGGCACUAAGAUGUUCUUGAAGUGAUCAAGAACGAGGUGAAUCCUUUUGGCGAAGGUGCAACAGAUGCACAACGAGCAACGCAUAAGGAAGAGAAGAAGAAAGAUUUCAAGGCGCUAUUUUUCCAUCAAUAUGUGGAUGAUGACAACUUUGAGAAAGUUGGUGAUUAUGAACCAUCGAAGCAAGCGUGAGAAAUCUUGGAGAAGGCAUGUGCAAGGAUUGACAAGGCGAAGGUUGUGAGGUUACAAACUCACAAACGCCAACUUGAAUUAAUUCAAAUGGAUGAAAAGGAGACAAUCAACGAUUUCACGAUGAGAAUUACUCGGUUGGUGAACCAAGUAAAGACAUGUGGAGAAAUUGUUAUGGAGCAGUAUGUUGUCGCGAAAAUCUUGCGUUCUUUGACGGCAGGAUUC